AUGCCUUAUCAGGUCGUCGGCUACUCCGAGAACUACUGCGAGAUGCAUACGGGACUUUGGGGGGCCGGUCUCAGGUUGAGUAGCAUCCAUCAGGGCGUAUACUUCUGGCGACUGCUGAUUGGCAACAAUACGACACUGUCUACGAACAGUGGGGAACGGAUGUGCCUGGACAGUCCAGGCAUCGUAUGCGUAGAUAUCGGCGUUCAGAGUGUACCUCUUGGCGUGCUCGCUGUUCUGCUUCGCAGACAACACGGAAGCGUUAAUGCAUUGCACUCGUCGUUGAGCAUCGACUACUUAAACGAGAGCGUCUGGCUGAUAGACUUCGACACUCUCAUCUUCUCAAACAUCAGACUUUUGGAGCUCUCCAACGUUUAA